GGUUAAAUACCAACUAAUGUCUCACUUGCGGGCGAUUUUAAAUCUGAGGCGUGACUUCCUGAUAAAACGAAGGUCAUGGUAACAAUAGAAAGUACAGGUGGCGGUGCGGUCCGUCCUUUUGACAUGAAAAACGAGUUCAGGACUGUAACAGUUGAACGGCUUUCUAUUGCUACACGGCCACUUCCCCCAGAUUAUCUACAGACUCUAUCGGGCUUGCGAGUGUGUCUGCAUGACCGACGCACAAUAACAAAACUGCUCCCUGCUCCGUAGCCUUGGUGUAACGUGAAGGAACCCUGCAACAGAUACCCCCGCGCUCGGUUUGGACAUGAUCCCGGUGAUCCGGAGAUGAGGCUCCGAAAUGGCACCGUCCUAACUGUCUUCUUGUUCGGUCUAUGCGGAUUCAUAUCGCUCUCCUGGUACACCGCAUUCAGCAAUUCUAAAGGUGAUGUGGUAGAUAUUUACCAGAGGGAGUUUCUGGCUCUGAGGGACCGCCUUCACUCCGCAGAGCAGGAGAACCUCAAACGGUCCAAAGAGCUCAACCUGGUCCUGGAUGAGAUCAAGAGAGCCAUCGCGGAGAAGCAAGCACUCAGGGACAUCAACCGCACCUGGAGCAGUCUGUCAGACGAGACCAAACUGAAGCUGUGGAACGUGACCUCCAGUAAGAAUGUUCUGCAGCUGCCCAGCAUCUUCCACCACCUGCCUCACCUGCUGGCCAAGGAGAGCAGCCUGCAGCCCGCUGUGCACGUGGGACAGGGCCGGACGGGGGUGUCGAUAGUAAUGGGCGUGCCCAGCGUGAAGAGGGAGGUGCACACGUACCUGACUGACACUCUCAGCUCCCUGGUGUCGGAGCUGAGUCCGGCCGAGAAGGAAGACUGUGUCAUCGUGGUGUUCAUCGCUGAGACGGACCAGCAGUACGCCAGUGGAGUGGCAGAGAACCUUAAGCGUCUAUUCCCGGUGGAGAUCCAGUCUGGGCUGCUGGAGAUCAUCUCUCCGUCUGUGCACUUCUAUCCGGAUUUCUCCCGGCUGAAGGAAUCUUUCGGCGACCCCAAGGAAAGGGUGAAGUGGCGGACGAAGCAGAACUUGGACUACUGUUUCCUCAUGAUGUACGCCCAGUCCAAGGGAACCUACUACGUGCAGCUGGAGGACGACAUCGUUGCGCGGCCAAACUAUUUCACCACGAUGAAGAAUUUUGCGCUGCAGCAGCCCUCAGAGGAUUGGAUGAUCCUGGAGUUCUCCCAGCUGGGCUUCAUCGGAAAGAUGUUUAAGUCCCUGGACCUGUCCCUCAUCGUGGAGUUCAUGCUGAUGUUCUACAAGGACAAGCCAAUAGACUGGCUGCUGGACCACAUCAUGUGGGUGAAGGUGUGCAACCCGGAGAAGGACGCUAAACACUGUGACAGGCAGAAGGCGAACCUGCGGAUCCGGUUCAAGCCGUCGCUCUUCCAGCACGUGGGCACGCACUCGUCCCUCGCCGGAAAGAUCCAGAAGCUGAAGGACAAGGACUUUGGGAAGCAGACCCUGCACAAGGGUCACGCCAACCCCCUGGCGGAGGUGACGACCAGCCUGAAGACCUACCAGCACUUCACCCUGGAGAAGGCCUACCUGGGGGAGGACUUCUUCUGGGCCUUCACCCCGGUGGCGGGAGACUUCAUCCGGAUCCGCUUCUUCACCCCUGUGCGCAUCGAGAGGUAUUUCUUCCGCAGUGGAAACAUCGAGCACCCGGGUGACAAGCUCUUCAAUACCACCGUGGAGGUCAUGCCUUUCGACAACAUCCAAUCAGAGAAGGAGGCUCUGAAAGAGGGGCGGGAGAAAGCACCUAAGUACCAUCGCACAGAAGAUGGUUUCAUUCGCAUUGGAACAUUCCAGAACGGCAUUGCGGAGGGGGAGGUGGACUCCACCUUCGGGCCGCUGGAGGCGCUGCGGCUAUCGGUGCUAACGGACUCGCCUGUGUGGGUCAUACUCAGCGAGAUGUUUAUUAAAAAGGCGGAAUGAAUGGCACCUGGCCUCAAUAUUUCUACACUCACUGACCGUUCGAGCAGAGGACUGGGGCCUUUGCAGAAACUCAAAGAACUCGCUUCUUUUAUGUGGUGUGAGCUCUCCACCUGCUGGCAAAACGCUGGUAUUACAGGACACAUUGGCAAUACCAGCUGAACUCUCGAGGAACUGCUCCGGCACGUGGAGGACGAGCACGGCUGCGUUUUUAAACUGUUCUUAUGUGUAUAUACGUUUCUGUUUUAGUAACUGUACUUACACUGGUGAUUGUUGACGGGCUUGCUGGAUCGUCUUGCCCUGUAAUAAAUUAAUGAUGAAA